UGCCACCCGCGCAGCACCACACACACACACAUAUGAUUAGGAUAAGUGUUUGACUGGUGCGUGUGUGUGUGCGUGUGUGUGUGUGUUUGGCGGUGGUGGUGGUGGUGGUGGUGCAAGGCUGAGCAGCCUCCACUGGCCUCUUACUGUGUGCUCUCACUCUGCACUCACUCACUCACUCACUCACUCACCCUACACUCACUUGUUGGGUGUGGGCGUGGGUGUGCGUGUGUGUGUGCGUGUGUGUGUGCGUGCGUGCGUGCGUGUGUGUGCGUGUGUGUGCGUGUGUGGCGGCAGCACCACCACCACACCGCCCGCACCGCCACGCCCGCACCUCGCCGCCGCCGCCGCCCGCGGGAGGAUGGACAGUGACCCGGGGCAGUGCCCGCGCCCGCGCACGUGACAGUGAGUGGCCGCGGCCUCGGUGGCGCACGUGACAGUGACAGUGAGUGACAGUGACAGUGACAGUGUUUGGCAGCGUGAGUGUGAGUGAGUGGCGGCGGCAGUGCCAGUGGCCAGUGAGUGAUUGAGUGCCGCCUCGCGCCGCCAUGUUGUCACAGAAGCUGUACGGGGAGACCAUGACGCCCAUGACGACGUGCGCGCCGUCCGUGUCGCCCAUGGCCCAGACCACCUACCCCAUGAACACCAUGAACUCCAUGAACUCCAUGAUGGGCAUGUCCUCCUACCAGCAGCGCCUCCCCCCCAACAUGGACUUCCCCUCCUCCAUGGGCGGCAUCGGCGCCAUGGGCAUGGGCGGACAGUGCAUGAGUCCCGGCAUGACCGGCAUGGGCGCCUUCCCGCCCAUGAACACCUCCAUGCAGCAGAUGAACGGCAUGAGCGGCUGCAUGGGCGGCAUGGGCGGAAUGGGCGGAAUGAACCAGAUGGUCGGGUACGGGCGUGAGCUGCAGGAGCCUGACUCGCCGGUGUCGUCGGCGCUGCAGCGCGCGCGGCAGGACAAGACCUAUCGGCGUUCGUACACGCACGCCAAGCCGCCGUACUCGUACAUCUCCCUGAUCACCAUGUCCAUCCAGAACGCGCCCAACAAGAUGGUGACGCUGUCCGAGAUCUACCAGUUCAUCAUGGACCUGUUCCCUUACUACCGCCAGAACCAGCAGCGCUGGCAGAAUUCCAUCAGGCACUCCCUCUCCUUCAACGACUGCUUCGUCAAGAUCCCGCGCACGCCGGACAAGCCCGGCAAGGGAUCCUUCUGGUCGCUGCACCCGGACUCCGGCAACAUGUUUGAGAACGGCUGCUACCUCAGGCGCCAGAAGCGCUUCAAGUGUGAGAAGAAGGAGGCGCAGCGCCAGACCAAGCACCCCUCCACGCCCUCCUCCCACGCCCACACGCCCAAGGCAGAGCACGGCGACGACAACGACUCCAAGAUGGACGGCGGCCUCGCCUCGCCCGCACACGGCGGCUCCCACGGACCACACCACGGGGGCCACGCGGGACCGCCGCCCCCCGCCGAUCCCGUGUCCGGCAUGACACAGCUGCUGGAGGCCGCCACCAAGCUGGAGCCGCCAGAGCCGAGCGUGGGCGGCGGCGGGGGCUACCAGAUGCCGCCGCCGCCCUCCGACCACCAGCACCAGCAGGCGGCGGCGGCGGCGGCAGCGGCAGCAGCAGCAGCAGCGGCGGCGCAACAGGGUGGAGACCAGCAGCAGCAACAGCAGCAGCAGCAGCACCAGCAGCACCAGCAGCAGCAGCAACAGCAACAGCAGCAACAGCAGCAGCAGGCGGCCGCGGCGGCGCACCUUGCGGCGCACGAGCUGCACGCCGUGGCGCCGCCGCUGCACCCGUCGCUGCUGAAGGACUACACGGCGUCAGCGUACCUCAAGGACUACUCCAAGGACUACGGCGCCUACCUCAAGGACUACGGCGGACACCUUAAGGACUACGGCGACCCCCUCAAGAACUACCCGGCGCCCGCACACCCAUUCUCCAUCACCUCCAUCAUCGCCGCGGAGAACAAGGACUCCUACGGCGGCUACCUCAGCCCCCUGCCGCCCCCAGCAUCCACCGCCGCCGCCGCCACGCCCUCUCACCACGCCAUGGCGGACCACGGGGGAUACUACCCGCCGCCCCUCUACCACCACACCACCACUUCGCUCUGAUGUGGGCGCGGGGGCCGCACGCCCCUGUAAAUAUUGCCUGUGUGUGUGUACGUGUAUGAGUGUGUGUACGUGUGAGUGCGUGAGCGUGUGUGCGUGCGUGCACAGUGAUCUACCCUCCAGACCUGGCCAUGGUCUUCGCCCCCUUCCUCCCAACGCCCCCGUCCCACCCUCGCCCCUCGCCCCUCGCCCUUCGCCCCUCACCCGCCACCCGCCGAGGAAGGACUCCUGUUGUGUUAUUAUAUUAUAAUUUAUUUAUAUCAUCAUGACUUGUGGAGACUCUGUGUGUGUGUGUGUGUGUGUGUGUGUGUGUGUGUGUGUCUGUGUGUCUGUGUGUGCAUGGGUGCCGCUGCGGGAUGCUGCGGCUGUGUACGUGUGUGUACGUGUGAGUGUACGUGUUUGCCAGUGACAUGACACGGCGGCAUUAUCUGCGUCUGUGUGUGCGUAUGUAUGUGCGUAUGCGUGAGUGUGUGAGUGUGCGUGCGUGCGUGUGUGCGUGGUCAAAGUAUUCAGUAUUAUGAAUCAUCUCCAGCUCUCUCCUAUGAAUUGUGCAUAUAUAUACAUACCAACACACACACACACACACACACACACACACACACACACACACACACACACUGCUUACCUCACUGUGGAAUUUUUGAUAGUAUUCAAUAUAUAUUAUUUUUAUAAGCUGAAAA